AUGUCGUCCUUCAACAGCACCUCUCGAGACGCUGCUCUCUCGGGAGACAAACGCCCAUGGAUGCAUACAAUCCCCCGAAAACCCCUUUCCCAGACGAGGAUCACCUACACUCCAGUUUCGAAUUCCCUACGAUAUGAAGAGAUAGACACACAACCCGAAGAUGCCCAAGGGUGUGAACAUCCGACUCAGCAGGAACCUUCAUUCAGUUACAGCCGCUUCGCGGAUGCCAACGACGUUACCAGGGCCGAGACGUUCAAAACAAACGACACGGGCUUCAACAGCUUGUUCAAGAGCCCGGUCGCUGUCAGUGUCAGCGGUAAUGGCGAUGGCGAUGGAGAUGGCGUGGACAAGGUGAUUGUCGAUCGGAAAGCAACUUGGCGGCCGCAGUGGCUUCGUCCAGCUGUGCUUACCCUGUUUGUCUGCUUCUUUGUCCUUAUCACCGCCGCUCUCGCCAUCAUGCUGCACUACUCGCGGAGGAAUAACGGACUGUUUCAAACCGGCCAGAGCUUGGUCCACGUUUACGUGUGGCGCUUCGGCCCAACUGCCAUCAUCACCGUCUUGUCCGUGUUGUGGGCAAGGGUCGAACUACAGGCCAUGAUGUACGUGCCAUGGUUCGCUCUGCGCCGGCAACAGCCGGAUGGCAGGGUCACCAUGUCGAUUGACUAUCUGUCAAUGCUCUCCCCCGCUGCCUUCAUUCGCUCCAUCCGAGAGAGGCACUACCUUGUUUCACUGGUGACGAUAGUCUCGGUGGUUUUGAAGGUCCAGAUCAUUCUUGCCCCUGGUCUGUUCAGCUUCGCGACAGUCAAGACUCCCGCCAGUAUUGGCGUCCGCCUCCAAGACUCUUUCGCGCGAGUUCUGGACGACGAUGUUGUGAAGCAGACAGACACGAGCGCGUGGUAUAUGGGCAGAGCCCUUCGGAACUUCGACAUGCUUUAUCCCUUCGGAGUGACGGACGAGAUUGCCUAUCAAACCUUUGCGCCGAUGAACGGAAAACCACGGGGGACUAUUGACGAGCCCGUGACCGCCGUCGUGGAUGGCUUUUUCACCGACCUCGACUGCCUACAACUAGCGGGCUACUCCAUUUCCAAACAGCUUCAGGAAAAUAGCAAGCUUGACAUCUACGUCGACCUACAUUUCCAAGGCUGUGACGGGCCCAUCAGCCUCCGACACGCGGGAGCCAUCCUCGACCCUGCCAAAGGCAACAUCACCUACUGGGCCAUCAAGUCCAACCAGACGAGGGCAUGUCCCGGGUUGAGACAGGAUGUACCGCCGUUCCUGUACUACAGCGCGGUUUUUGUGCCCACAUUAGCCAACUCCUCCCGUAUCCGGUUCGAGAGUGCCGGUGCUGUGCUUUGUGAGCCGCGUGCCUGGCUAUCCAAAGUCCAGGUGACUGACGACGGAGUUGCCCCGAGGGUAGCUCUGCUACAAGACCAGACGAGAACGCCAGUCCUGACCAACAUGUGGACCUUGAUCGAAAAGUCCGUACCGGCAUCUCAAGGUCAAUGGGACACCGAACCAACCACUACCACUUAUGUGAAAGGACCGGCCAGCGCCGCCAAAGCCUUUGCAGGGGAAGUGCUGCAACAAGGGAGGAAGGAAGAUCCGACGCUCUAUUCCAACGAGGCCAUUUAUGGCUCCGUCAUGAAUCUCACUCGUUCCCUCGGCCCAUUGUUGGGGCACUACCGACUUCGAGCAAAGGAAGACUCUGCAGUCACAUCCUUUUGGUACCGAAAUCCUGCGACGCCUCUGGGCAACCUGGUCUUCCUGCGGGAUCAUCCUCACGUUGCUGCUGGCAUUUCCAGCCGGGCAGCGGAAAGCCGCAGUUGGGUCCGUUGCAGCUUCACGCCGAUGGUUCUGAGGACCUGGGCGCGGCUCUCGUUCGGCUUGUACGCUUUCCUCCUCUUGGGAGGUCUGCUUCUCACCCUUCGCCUUUCAACCUCAUCCAACGGACUCGCUACCAUCGAAAAGGAGGGCUACCUGCACGUCGCCUGGACUUCUCUCCCGGCUCUGAUAGCGCUCGGGGUGUCUCUUUACAUCAGCUCAUGCGACUGGGCCUACAGGGAUCUCGGAAACCUUUACCGUCUCUCCAGGAAGCCCUGCCGCUCACGCGAGCUCGACCUUUCUCUCUUGGACAUGAUGGGUCUAAGGGCCUUGUAUCACUCUGUUAGGCUGAGGUUGUGGUCCAUCACAUGCUCGCAGGUCUUGGCGCUGGUUUGCGGCGUCCUGACCUCCCUCGCCUCGGUCUUGUUCACCGUAGAAGUUACGCCAAAGGCAACAACGGUCCAGUUUCAACAAAAUACGGUGUUUCGGAUACGAGAUGAUGUCGAAUACAGCGAAAGCUACGAGAUUAAGCAAACGGAAAUAGCCACACUCCUCCUCCAGCGAGAAGCCAACUUGACGUACCCGAAAAACACAUUUGACGAUUUAGUAUUUCCUGUUUUCGAGAGCAUGGAGACCUUGGACGUGUCUAGAAACCUGUCGGUCACCAUCAACACACCCGCGCUGAAGCUGCAGCCUAGUUGUCUUGAGGUUCCCAGAGAGGCGUACCGACUCACAUUCCGGAAUUACACGGAAAGUGGCAAGACGUGGUUCUACUCUGACUACAACGAGCACACCCCUUGCCCCAGUGGCGACGAAGUGGUCAACAUCACGGCGGAAUUCCCUUUGGGUGAGGCGAGCUUGUUCGGCAAGGCGUACGCGGCUUCUGAUAUCAAAAGCAUAUACAACCCGGCAAAUAUCAACUUCCAGUGCAAGCUCAACGACACGAGCUUGAAGAACUACACAACGACCCUACACUACACGUACGCCUGGGGGGAGUUCUCGGUAGCAAGGAACGACUUUGACUGGUUCUCCGUCUGGAGGUGUAACUACACCUGGGCCGAGCUGGAUACACAACUGAACAUGAUAGCAUCCGACGGCGAAUUUGUCAUUGACCCGGAGAACCCUCCAAGGCCGGAUUACUCGAGUGUGAGGCCCUUAGGAUCGCCUCUCGACCUGCCUCCGACAGAGCGGGCUCCUAAUGGGCCCUUCGGAAUGCUUCCGGAUAUCCGGAUCUCUGACAAGCAAUCCAUCGGCGUUGCGUCCGUCUUCAAGCCCCUAGUCGAGCCCUACGGGCCAUUGCCAAAGGAGGCUCUGGGAGACCCCAACCGGGUGGGGGAAAUCCUGGGGCUGUUAGGCCACGACGUCGGCUUCAGCGUCGCGCAGCUUGCCAACACGGAGAACCGAAGGAUGAUCGACGACGUUCUGGACACGACGAGCGGGGCUCUGCUCCUGGACGCGACCGUGGUGGACCGUGACCGGCGCCGACUCGUGCAGGACCCGAACGUGACGUACUUCGUGGUCGGGAUCCUGGGCGCCGUAAUCCUCGUCAACAUGUGGGCGCUGGCGUCAACCGUGCUGCGACGGCGCGGCAGCGAGAGCUGGCUGCUGGACAUGGACGUCCGGGGCCUGGCUCCGGACGGCUGGCGCAGCAUCGCGUCGAUGGCCGGCCUGCUGCGCGAGUCCAACGCGUCGGCGCACCUGCCGCCGAGCACGGAGCUGCUGUCGCAGAAGGAAUUGCACGGGCAGAUGUCGGACGUCAGCUUCCGGCUGGGAUGGUUCCGCAGGGAGUGCGACCAGACGCGGCAUUACACGAUUGGCGUGAUGGAGGACGGGGAGUUCAACUUUAUGGGUGUUCGGAGGACGGUGAUGAGGGAGAAAAACGGAUUCCCUGACCCAGGAGAGGGUGGAUGGGUGGAUUUAGGACAUGACGAUGUCUACGAAUUAGACAUCUCUGGGACAUAG